AUGGCCCGCGCCGGGCGUCUGCUGCUGCUCUGGUUGCUGCCCGCGACCCUGGUGACGACGCGGGGGAAGCAGCCGCCACAGUCCCACAAGCCUGCGAGACCCGGGGCUGCGGCGGGCACAGGCGGGCGGGCCUUGACUCGGCAGGAGCACUCAGAGUGCCAGAGCGGCUGCUGCGUCACCAACAGCCUGAGUCCCCAGAAGUUCUGCAGCCCCCAGACCGUCUUCCAGCAGUGCCUGUCCUGGCAGAAGCCGAAUGGGUACGCCUGCCUGGACCACACGGAGUGCCGGAGCGGCUGCUGCGUCACCAGCAGCUACGGGCUGCAGACGUACUGCGCGGCCAAGACCAUCUUCCUGCAGUGCGUGCCGUGGCGCAAGCCCAACGGGGACUACUGCACGGACCACAGCGAGUGCCGCAGUAAGUGCUGCAUCCGGCUGCACGAGCUCGGCCCCCACCGCUGCGUCCCCCGGAGCGGCAUCCUGGUCCAGUGCCUGCCCUGGGUGAGUCCUGGAACCGGGUCCAGCCCGCCUGUGGGGCUAACUCCAGCGACUGGCCUGAGGGCGGCGGGCAGUGACCUGGAAGUGGUGUGUCCCCUCCCAGGAGAGGCCGCCAACUGCCUCUGCAGAUCGGCCUCCGUUCCCGUUUCCUGAAGCAGAGCCCGGAUGAGGCGUCAGAAAAGGACACGGGUCACGGGCGGUGGGUUGUCAGGUCCAUGAGGGUGGCAGCAGGACACGGCGCUGGACGCCCGGUGAAGGGCCAAGCACAGCGGCGGGGGGGACCCGCGGGGCGUGGCAGCACCGGGGCUGACUCCUGCGGGGCUGGACGAAGGGAAGGACUGUCUCAGGGGCCUCCUCCUCCGCCUCCCCCCACAUCGCCUUCCCCAGAGGAAGGAGCUCAGUGAGGCGGCCCCCCGGGACGCAGGACCUGAAGACACCACGGAGGACGGGGUGGGGCACAGUGACCGGAGGGUCACGGCGAGCGGCUGGGAGACGACGCUCUGGUUCCCGAGCUCGGACGCCGGCACCCGUGACCUCAGUCUGACGGUAAAGGUGUGUCUGAGCCUCGAGGCUGAGAAGCACGCCCGCCUGGCGCAUCAGCACCCGGAGCGGCGGUGGAUGCAGCGGGUGCCACGACAGUGAGUCCGUGGGUGUCCCGAGGGCGUCGGAGACGACCAGGCCGCCCCACCGGCGGCCUCGCCCAGAGGUGCUGUCGGUCCUGAGGACAGCGUGGCCCUUACCACCCGGCUGGCCCGAAGGCCAGCUCCUCCUGCCUCGCAGGCUGCGCCUCCCUGUGCGUUUCCUAAUUCUGCUGUGUGUUCUAGUGACCUGGACCCGGCCUGGGCCCUGGAGACCUCCCUGGACCCCGAGCCCCGCGUGCGUUCAGGCUGCUCCUCCUGGGAUGAUGAAAACCUGUGGGUAUCGGAUGUCUGUCUAGCCGUGAACUCCUGAGACCACCCGCAUCCGGGUGGCACCUACUGGAACCUCAGCAAACCUCCCGACUGCGUGAGUGUUUCUGUGGACGUGGAGACACCGGGGCUCAGCUCAGCGCCAUGCUAAGGAGCCCCCUUAACCGGAGACCAAGUCUCGCCAGAGGAAAGGGCCUCCCCAGCAGGCGCACACAGGUGACUGGUCACCGCAGGGAAAGUCAUCAGUUGGCCGUUCCAACCGGAAGGGCCCCCCUGACCUUGCGGAUGGCGCAGUGAGGACAUUGGAGCCCGCUAAAGACCCGUGGGGGGAGGGGGCCUCCCACUGGUCCCCCCUCCUGCGCCCUCGGCCCCCAGGUCCCCCACCUUCCCCUGGAGCAGAAGUCCUGGCUGACCUAGAAACUGUUCCCUCUGGUGGCUUCUCGGGGCAAACACCAGAGCCGGCUCUUCUGCGCCCAGAGCACCAGAAAUUUAACUGUCACCUUCCUCUGUGCCCAGCACCCAUCCUGCAGACACCAGCCUGCUUUUCUGGGCUCUGUUAAAAAAAAUUCUCCUCCCUCUCCUCCUCCCCUUCUCCUCCUCCCCUUCUCCUCCUGGGCUGGAGACGGCUAUGACAGCACUUGCAGAGUAAGUCAUGAGAAGCCGUUGCUCCCACACUAAUAAUGAGAAUGAGCCAGGUAAGCCACAAAGUAUAGUUUAAAAGAAAAAAAAAAGGAAUAGAUUUAAAUGUAAAACAUAAAACUAUAAAGUAUUUAGAAGAAAAAGAGAAUAUUUUCAUGACCUUGGAUGAAACAAGGAGGUCUUAGUCAUGACCAAACACCACACAUAACAGAAAAAUUAGAUAAAUUGGAUUUCAUAAAAACUUUGGUUCUGUGAUAGACACUGUUAAGAGAAUGAAAAGACAAGCCACAGACGAGAAGAAAUGACACAUCCGACAAAGGACUCGGAUGCAGACUAUACAAAAAACUUUCAAAACUUAAGUGAAAACAACCCAAUUAAGGGACUUCCCUGGUGGCGCAGUGGUUAAGAAUCCGCCUGCCAAUUCAGGGGACACAGGUUCAAGCCCUGGUCCGGGAAGAUCCCACGUGCCGCGGAGCAGCUAGGCCCGUGAGCCACAACUACUGAGCCUGCGCUCUAGAGCCUGCGAGCCACAACUACUGAGCCCGCGCGCCUAGAGCCCGUGCUCCGCAACAAGAGAAGCCACCGCGAUGAGAAGCCCGCGCACCGCAACGAAGAGUAGCCCCCGCUCACCUCAACUAGAGAAAGCCCGUGCGCAGCAAUGAAGACCCAACGCACCCAAAAAUAAAUAAAUAAAAUAAAUUAAAAAAAAAACACCAACCCAAUUAAAAACAAGACUAAAAAAUUUGAACAGACAUUUCACCAAGACAAUAUACAGACAGCACAGACGCACGAGAAAGCUCAUCCACCAUCGUUAACCCCGAGCGAAACGCAGAGCAGGCUGAGGUCCAGCCUGUGAUUAGACGGACCAAGGGCUGCCAGGCUGCAGAGCCUGGGGCACCCGCGGCGGACGGAACGCGGGCGGCCUCGCGAGCAGCGGGGAGGGGGGGCGCGCGCACACACACUCACCAGGUGCGCUGAACACCUGUGCCCACAGCGACCUGCUCAGGCUCUUCAUCCUCGCUCCUAACGCUGCAGCGUGAGCGGACAAACGUGGUGCCUCCCCGGACGCGGGGCCCAGCCGCCGAGGAGGAGCGGCCUCGGAGGCCACGCCCGCGAGGCCCCGUCCACGCGAUUCUGCAGAGGAGACCCAGCUGGGCCCAGACAGCUGAGCGGCUGCAGGCUGGGGCGGCAGGACUGGCCGCAGCAGGCUUCCGGGGGCGACGAGAGGAGAGGCCCCGGUUGUGAGGGCUGCGUCAGUCUGUGGCUUUCCUCACGGCUCGCCCGACUGGGGGAGGCUUUACUGUCGCUCGUGUGCCCCACGUGAAACAAAUCUGGUGGAGCCCUGGGGACGCUGGUGUGUUUGAGCUUGUGCGGCAGGGAAGCGGGACGGACGCGAGGAAACAGGCAGCCACCACGAGCUGAGGCCCCCCCGCCGCCGCUGGCCGCCCGGCAUGCAGGGCUCUCGGGGAGGUGGGCAAGGAGAGGACGCUUGGACCAGCCCUGGGGGGACGGGGUCGGCCGUGGGUUGUGGGUCGAGGUUCACUGCAGGGCGCCCUCCUCCCCCCAGGGUCCUCUGGGCGGGCGAGUCUGCAGGAGGCCAGGCAGGCCUUCGGGCUCCGUCCAGCGUCCGCCACGCCACCCUCUCCCCCACAGGCCACCACUAGUCCACUUUCUGUCUCUGCGGAUUUGCCUGCUCUGGGCGCUCCACGGAGACGGACCCACACGAUCCGGGGCCGCUGUGGCUGCCUUCACGGAUCACGAUGCUCUCAAGGCUCAUCCACGUUGUCAAGUGAGGCAGAACUUUGCUCCUUUUUGUGGCUGAAUAACAGUCCACUGAGUGGCUGCACCUACAUGCUGUUUACCAGCAUCCGUGGAGGGACACUCGGGUUCUUUCCAUUUUUGACGCUUCUGAGUAAAGCUGCUGUGCACAUUCCUAUACACGUUCUCUGUGGACACAGGUUUUUAAUCCUCUGGGCCUGUAUCAGGAGUGGGACUCUGGCUCAUACAGUUACUCCACGUCUCACCUUUUAGGAAACUGCCAGAUUGCUCUCCAAAGCGCCCGCACCCUGUCACACUCCCGCGGGCGCUUUACGAGGCUCCCAACCUGCCCACGCCGCGGACAACACUGCUUAUGGCCUGUCUUCUUGGUCCUGGCCGUCCCGGUGGGCGGGAAGUGGAUCCCAGAGUGACUGCAGCUCGUUCUUUAAAAACAACAAAACAGGGGCUUCCCUGGUGGCGCAGUGGUUGCGCGUCCGCCUGCCGAUGCAGGGGAACCGGGUUCGCGCCCCGGUCCGGGAGGAUCCCACAUGCCGCGGAGCGGCUGGGCCCGUGAGCCGUGGCCGCUGAGCCUGCGCGUCCGGAGCCUGUGCUCCGCAGCGGGAGAGGCCGCAGCGGAGGGAGGCCCACAUACCACAAAACAACAACAACAACAACAACAACAAAACAGGGCUUCGCCGGCGGUCCAGUGGUCAGGACCCGACACUUCCCCUGCAGGGGGCACGGGCUCGAUCCCCGGUUGGGGAACUAAGAUCCCGCAUGCCCAGCGGGCCCGCUCCCGGCAAGGCCAAAAAUAAAUAAAUAAACCCCGCAAAACCAGAAGGAUCGCGCUCCUGAGCUCAAAAUAUUCUGGAGACGCUGGGGUAGAGGCGGGACCUUCGCUGUGGCGCACGGUCCCCCGCACGGCCAGCAGUGUCCGACCUUGUCCCCGCCUCGUUCCCUGAGGUCCUGCCCACGACCCCUCCCUCUCCGGGAGCCGCUCUCGCGCCGCAGGGCCUCCGGGAUCGGCCCGCAGAGCCACGCGGCGCCCGCAGCCGAGCCGGUGCCCAGCCGCCGGGUUCUCCGCAGGACCCCGGCCACCCCAGGGCCGGCCCCUCCGAGUGUCCUCAGGUGCGGGGCCUUCCGAGGCUGCGGACGCUCCGCCUGCUUCGCGCUGCCUCAGCUCCUGGGGCGCUGGGCCCGCCGCGCGGGCGCCUUGCCUGUGCUGCUCCUUGACGCACCCACAGCGGCC